AUGUUCGAGAAUUCACCCUGCGAAGGCUUUCAGCCUGGCCGACUGGAAACAUAUGCACUAGAGUUCAGCAAGGCAAUCGGACCGAGCGGAAGCGGAAUCGUUAUUGUGAGAGCAGCUAAAAGUGUAUGGCUACCCCCAUACUACGAACCAUCGGCGGUCAAGGUUAUCGACCCCACCGGUGGUGGCAACACGUAUCUAGGCGGGUUUAUUGCAGGCUGGAAAGCAUCAGGAGAUAUUCAUGAAGCUUCUAUGUACGGUAACGUGGCUGCAAGUUUUGCUAUCGAGCAGAUCGGUUUGCCUUCUUGUGAAGUGAGCGAUGGUGAAGAGAUAUGGAACGGUACUCGGGUAAUGGAGCGUCUUGCUGAGUACAGAGCACGGCUCAGCUGCACAGGAAAGAAAUGA